AGGCCAGACUUUGGCCAGUGGGAGUACAAAAUGCCCUGGUAUCGAUGGGAGUAAACAGUGCCAUAAUUGGUGUCAGUGGGAGGAAUAGUGCUCCGUCAUUGGUAUCAGUGGGAAGAGUAGUGCUCCAUCAUUGGUGUCAGUGGGAAGAGCAGUGCUCCAUCAUUGUUGUCAUUGGGAGGAAUAGUGCUCCAUCAUUGGUGUCAGUAGGGGGAAUAGUGCUCCAUCAUUGGUGUCAGUGGGAGGAAUAGUGCCCCAUCACUGGUAUCAGUGGGAAGAGUAGUGCUCCAUCAUUGGUGUCAGUGGGAAGAGCAG